GCGCACUGCAGCCGGCAGUCUCUGGAAGCCCCGCUGCCUCUCCGGAGGUGGGGGUGAGGGGGGUGCGGUUGGCCGCCCGCUCACCUGGGCCCUGCCGGACACCGCCCCCUCCUCCGCCCCCGCCCCCGUCCCGCGCCGGCAGAGUACUGGGCAGCUCGGCGCGGCGCAGCCUGGACCGCCUCGAGCCGCCGCGCGCCGCUACGGCCUCCGCCUCCGCCUCCGUCCCCGCCUCCGUCCCCGCCGCCCCGGGCCGCCAUGACGGCCGCCGUGUUCUUCGGCUGCACCUUCAUCGCCUUCGGGCCGGCCCUCGCUCUCUACGUCUUCACCAUCGCGUCUGACCCGCUGCGUAUCAUCUUCCUCAUCGCCGGAGCAUUCUUCUGGUUGGUGUCUCUGCUGCUGUCCUCCCUCAUUUGGUUCGUUGCAGUAACCCUUAGUAGCACCAAAGAUGAAUCAGUGCAGAAAGGUUUGCUUAUCUUUGGAGUAUUGUGUUCAGUCAUAAUCCAGGAGGUCUUCCGGUUUGCAUAUUAUAGACUUUUAAAAAAAGCAAAUAAGGGUUUGAUGACUAUAAGUCAAGAGGAGACAUCACCCAUUUCUAUAAGACAGCUGGCCUAUGUGUCUGGCUUAGGUUUUGGAAUCAUGAGUGGAGUAUUUUCCCUUGUUAAUAUCCUGUCUGAUUCCUUGGGACCAGGAAUAGUGGGCAUACAUGGAGAUCCUCCUCAGUUCUUCCUUGCAUCAGCUUUCAUGACUCUAGUUAUGGUUUUGCUGCAUGUCUUCUGGGGAGUUGUGUUUUUCGAUGCAUGUGAGACUAAAAACUGGUGGGCACUAAUCGUGGUCAUCGUGAGUCAUCUGCUGGUGUCAGGUCUGACCUUCCUGAAUCCCUAUUAUAAAGCAAGUUUAGUAGCAUCAUAUGUUAUUAUGCUGCUCAUGGGUAUCUGGGCAUUCUUCACUGCUGGUGGCUCUUGUAGAAAUUUGAAACGAUGCCUGUUGUGCCGAGACAAGGACUUCCUUCUUUCCAACCAGCGUGCCAGAUAACAUCUGAGAAUUGGGACCUCCCUGAACAGCUUUCUGUGUUUUUAGAGGAAGCACAACUGUGCCUUUUUCUAAAAUUUUAUUUUUGGUUGAAUUUAGAAGGAAAAAAAUACUAGUUACGUGACUCUCAUCUAAUAAGGCUUCUAUCCAGCAGCUGUCUGAAAUGCAUACAUGAAUGAUAACUCCCUGGGGCAAGUGCAAGAAUAUAUGAAAGGAAUGUGUAGCUGUGUCUUUCUACAUUCAGUGUGGUUAAAUUAAUACAUCAAGGACAUAGUGCUUGCUGAACCUACAUCUUUAAGUAAUGGAUCAAGUCAAAGGGCCAUAAUUUCUGUGAUCCUUUUUGUGUAUGUUAUCAAAGCACAUCCCUUUUAGGGUUAGAUUAAUUAAAGUAGUUAGGGGCUUAUGAGACAGAUAGGCUCUGACUCUAAAUACUCUUUACUCAAAAUCAGGUAUUUAUUAAUAGCUGUAUUUUUGAAGAUUUUUUUUUACCAUCCAGAAUUGACUUUGGGUAUUUAAAAAUUAUUUUUGAAGUGUAGGGAAGUAACCUAUAUUUGUAAUUAGAACACCAAUCCUUUUUUUUUAAUUUCAUAAUUUACUUUCCCCAAUUACAUGUAAAAAUUUUUAACAUUUGUUUUUUAAAA